AUGUUAUCGGCUCAUUCACAUCGUCUGGUGGCGACAUUCUAUCUUCUUUUAUUAUGCGCAGCGGGAGUGUUGUCUCAAACGAUUCGUAAUCCUGCAUUCUGGCAAGAGCAGUUCCUUCGUAAUGUCAGCAAUUCGGAUGUCCUUGCAAGCUCUGUAAAUGAUACAUCCAGGCUCGCUUCUUCCCAGGACUUUCAGACUGUAUAUGCUGGAACAGACAGUAUAAUGACCUUUAGGCGUGCUAUAGUUAGCUUUGAGAAGUGCUGCCUUUCGAGUAAUCUGACUCUCGAGCGUCUGCAGAGCAUCAACUAUAAUAGUAGCUUACUGAACAGUACAAUAACACAAUCAAAAAUUGCUCUUGUUGAGCGUGGGGGUUGCAACUGGACCGAAAAAUCUGAAGUAGCACGUAGUCUAUCUUUAGCAUACAGUCUUAAUGUGGAGGCGGUAAUUAUCUACGACAACACCAGCUACCCCGCCGGUGAUAUAGAAUACACGCUUACCGCAACUGUCGGGACAACUUUUAUUCAAGCUUAUUCAGGAGAGCUUGUAAACGAGCGUAAUAUUUCUCACAUGCUAGACAAUAAUAUUGUUGUGGGAAAUCGUAGUCUUCCACUCUAUUUUGUACCAAGGUUGUAUGGUCGAGCCCUUUUAAAUUCAUAUGCAAAAGCUUUUGCGAAACUUACAGCAAAUGAAACCUCCUAUUGGAUGCUGGCUCCCGUAGUUCGAGCAAAAGAAUGGACUAGCUCAACAAGUACUAACAAUAGCACUGCCAGUCAGCCAGGUACUGGUGUAGAUAGUACUCCGACUGGCAGCCAUGAACAGACACUAGAGGAGUUCAAAUCAAUCAUAAUUGCGGCGUUUAUUCUCUUACGUUGGUGGAUGAAGAGAUCUCUUGCUAACCAGUUAGCCCAAGAAACACAGAGAAGAGAAGAGAUAUAUCGCAUGGAACAGCUCAAGAAACCACUCCCAAUAAAUGUCCUUAACUCAUUUCCAGUAGUAAAAUACAAGACUGGGUGUGUUAGAGAUACUAGCUGCUCUAUAUGUCUGGAUGAUUUUGAGGAAGAUGUACAUGAAAUACGCAUACUGCCUUGUGGACAUGGCUUCUGUGUUUUGUGUAUAGGCAAGUACUACUACCCAAAAAAGAAAGAAGAUGCAGAAGUAAUGGACAUAAGUAAUGACAAGAAUAAUCUUAUUGUCAUUGGCUCUGGCGAAGAUGAGGAAGAAGAGUCCGAAACAACAAACAGUUAUGCUGCUCUCCCAGCUGUUGUUUCAACCAGCACACUACCACACACCAUGCAAAGAGAUAUUACUCCUCGCACAUCAAUUGAUGAAGUAGUUCCUAUCGUGCCUACCAUACCUACAGAAACAGCAAACAACCGGCCCGGAUCGCCUAAUUUAUCAAAAGUGCCCAAAGAGGACAAAUCUUUGUCAGACACUGUUGGGCCAGGUGUUACUGAAUCAUCUGAUACAAGCAGUGUAGUUCUUGAUACAAAUCUACUAAUUAAAGAAGAAAUGUCUGGAUUCAUAAACUCGUCAAAUCCAGUAUUAUUGUCUACUCAACAUGAAGAUUCGUCAAGGCCUGUCAUGUCAGAUGUAGAAGAAAGAACCAUUCAACAAACGCCCAUUGACAUUGUCGGAGAUUCCACCAGCCACGCCGUACAACAUGAAGCUACCAAAUUGGAUACAGAAGAAACAAAGAAUACUCUUACGCACAAGCAUGAUUGA